GUAACAACGGAGCAUCGCAUCCGCAAACGCCAGCAGCAUGAUCUCCUUUUUUGUGUACUUAGUUUUGAGUUCGAUUUACGCUGUCAACAAAUUGCCGUCGGACACUGAUCAAACAAGUACAGUGUCGGUGCAUGCCACUCAAGAACAAUUUGGCGUCAUUCAAACUUCUAAAGGAGACGAAUCUGUUAUUAAGUAUACACUGACCAACUUGCACGGAGUGAAAGUGCAAUUGAUCACCUACGGCGCUGCGCUGACCAACCUUCUCGUACCCGACAAAGAAGGAAAACUUCAAGAUGUGGUGCUUGGCUUUGAUGAUUUAGACGGGUACAGGGGAGUCAAGGCACGGAAUCCUUACUUCGGGAGCACAGUCGGUCGCGUGGCCAAUCGAAUCGCCAAGGGCCGAUUUCGCUUGGACGGAGUCGACUACCAACUGGCCACCAACAACGGAGCCAAUCACCUACACGGAGGCCUAGUCGGAUUCGAUAAAGUCGUUUGGCGAGCCCACGCCCAGCAUCGAAACGGAAGUGUCACCUUCACCUACUCCAGCCCGCACAUGGAAGAAGGAUAUCCCGGCCAACUUUCCACUCAAGUGACUUACACGCUAACGGAUUCCAACGAAUUAAUUAUUGAUUUUAAAGCGCUAACCGAUCUGCCAACACCCGUCAAUCUCGCUAACCACGCCUAUUUCAAUUUGGCCGGGCACGAGGCCGGCAGCCAGCAACUGUACAAUCACCGCGUCCAGCUCUACGCCGACCGCUACACGCCCGUCGAUGACGAAAAGAUUCCAACCGGAGAGCUGGCCAGCGUCAACGGGACGGCCUUCGACUUGAGAUCGGAAACUCGACUGGGCGACGUCAUCCACUCGAUUCCCGGCGGCGGCUACGAUCACAAUUUCGUGGCCGGCCAUAGUGGCAGAAAAUCCUAUCACACAAAUCUGCCGCUAGUGGCCGAGUUCUGGCAUCCGCCGUCCGGCCGGCUCAUGAAAGUGUUCAGCAAUCAGCCGGGAUUUCAACUUUACACGGGAAAUGUCCUGCCCGCUGACGAUUCGUUGUUGGGCAAAAACGGACGCUUCUACCACACGCACGACGGUUUCUGCGUGGAAACUCAAAAUUUCCCCGACGCCAUCAAUCAGCCCAAUUUCCCAGAUUCCGUCCUUCGACCGGGAACGGUUUAUCAUCGCACCACCGUUUUUAAAUUUAGCAUCAAAUGAGUUCACAAAGUUCAAACGAAAAAAUAACAGAGCAGCCGUAUCACAAUUUGAACACACGAAACGGAAGUAUAAAUCCACACUUUCUAUGAAAAACAAUUGGACGAUCAAAUCACACACGCAUCAACAGGAACUAAUCCAAUUAAUAGUAAAACAAAAACUAAUGAUUCAAAAUUUGUUUAGUAUACGUCAGAAAAGAUCAGCGUUUCCUCAACUGGACCAAUAGCGGGUAGUUGUGAUCGGAAUUGUAAUCUGAACUAAGCAACUUCUGUAGAAAAAUAAAA